CGUCGCGUCGCCAUACUGUCUGAAGAAAUUUCCUCUACUGCGACUAGUUUUUAAAUUUCUUGGAAAUACACAUUUCAAAACCAACUGCAAUUUUGAGUAGAUCAACCAGCAGCAAGAAUUACUGUAUUUUUUAAAUUGGAGUGUGUAACAAGUUAUAAUCACAAAGCAAUAAUAAGAAAAUUUGAUUUAAUCUUAUAAUUAACAAAUAAAUUAAAAUAAACUUAAAAAAAUGUCUGUCAAUACUUCUGAAUUAAAUAACCAAAUGGAAAAUCAAAUGGAUGAUAUGUGCAACUACCUAGAAAAGCUUGUAACAAUUGAUGAGAGCGAGGUAAUUGAUGAUUCCAAUAUUCCACCAAAUGGUGGUCAAGGAUUCACAGCUCCAAAUAAAGAACCAUGUCAGACUUAUGCACCACCUGGUUUCAGUGGUGGCUCUCAAGUUCUUCCUUAUUCUUCUGAUAUUGGUACAAAUCCAAUGAAUCCAAUUAUUUUUCCUCAAUAUUCUCAAUUAAAUUAUGGCCUCGUGGGUGCUUCUCCGCAACACGCAUCAAACACAGUUACAAGUGUUUUGGCUAAUUCAGCCCAUGCAAGCACUUCCACUCCCAGAUUUCCUUCCACUUCGUCUUCUUCGAAUCCAAGAACUAAAAAACGUCCGAAUUACAAACAAUCAGAAAAAGAUCCCGAUGUUUCUGGAAUUGAUAUAGAAGCAACCAUGAAAGAGCUUGGUCUUACUCCAGAAUCAUUAGAACCAAAAGGUGUUCAUAAAUUAUUCCUUUUGUAUAGCGAUUUAGAAUUUGCUAUUCACGCUGAAUAUAUUUCACAAACUGUUUACGAUCAAAAGACUAUUCCAAAUACUUUGAGUGUUUCAGCUCAAACUAAAUUUGCCGUCUGGAGUAGCUAUAAACUGCAUCGUAAUUUGAAAGAGGUACUCAAGAGACCAAUGCCAUCAGAAUACAAAUCGGCUUUUGAUAAAUGCGAAGAAGCUUUGGCCGAAUUGCAACAAGCUAUUGUUAGUCUGGACAGUUUUAAGCAUUGUGCGUUAGAGCAUCGAAAGGGAGAAUUCAUUACUCAUGAGGCAGAAGUAUAUCUCGAACCACUUAUGGCAGCUUUAAAUCAUUUGACUGGAUGUGUUGAGAAAAGUCGCAUGUACAUUCAGGUUUACGAACGGGCAUUGAACGCCCCAGAAAUAUACAAACCAGCUCUUUUGGCUGCUCGUGAAGAGAAACCUCAACCUUCACCAGAAGCAAGUUAUGAAGAAGUGCCAAGUACUAGCCGCCCAGCAAUGGCUCGUCGUUACAUCGGUUAAAAAAUUUAUAAUUCAUACUUUUGAACUCAUACAAUUUAUUUUGAAAUGUCAUUUAUUUAUAUUUUUUAUAUUGAAAUUAUUUUUUUAUGUGUGUGUA